AUGGCCUCUACAAACUACAAGGAAGCGUUCUCGCUCUUCGAUCGUCGUGGUACCGGUCGUGUCGCUGGUGACCUCCUCGGUGACUUGCUCCGCGCUUGCGGUCAGAACCCCACGCUGGCUGAGAUCAGUGACUUGGAGAAGUCUGUCGGUGGUGACUUUGACUUCGACUCCUUCCUGAAAGUCCUCAACCGUCCUGGUGGUUUCCGUGAGCCCGGUGAGCCUGAGGAGUACUGUCGUGGAUUCCAAGUCUUUGAUAAGGAUAUGACUGGGUUUAUUGGUGUUGGACAGCUGCGCUACAUUCUCACAAAUCUUGGCGAGAAGAUGUCUGAUGAAGAAGUCGAUGAGCUGCUCAAGGCUGUUGAUACUAGCUCCGGCGAGAUUAACUACACGGAUCUGGUCCGUACUAUCCUCGCCAACUGA